UUAUACUCAGCCUUACAACGUACUACUUUACAACAACCAAUACAGCAGGAACGUAUGAGCGGUACCAAUCAGCUUUUCUAUCAGCAGCCGCCAACAUCACAAUCAUCGCAUUCAACUGAACGACAGUCUCGACAGCAACAAUCUUCCUAUGUACAUUCCCCGUAUGCGAACGAAGAAUAUUUCAGUCAGCUGCAUCAAUCACUACCAACAACAGAUACUGUUCACCGACAAUCUCAAAACCUUCCACUCAACCAUGUUGGAAUUACACCUUAUUCGGGGAUUGCCAACAUGGAGUUAUGUCAAGAUGAUGCUGAUCAAACCAACCAUCCCACUCCUCAGCAACAGAAAUCACAAUAUGACGGACAAGAUAUGCCACCAAAGUAUAUUCAAACGCAG